AUGCCCAAGCCCGCCCUCACUGGAUCCAGUUAUGACGCGUUCACCGCUGCCGCGGCUGCCAUUGUAAAUGGCGCGCACAGGCCCCCGCCGCUCCCUCCAGGUGUGACAUCAUCGCCAGUCAAGCGCGCACCGACUCCGCCGAGCAGCUCACGCCCUCGACCGUUUUUGCCUACAUUGAUGAGUUUGUCGUCAACGCCCCCUGUGAGUCCUCCACCGGCGCCGCUUUCUUUGUUGAAAACCCCACCCAAGGCCAGCACCGUCGUUCUUCCUGCAACACGUGGACACUGCGCUCAUGCAGGCUCUACUUCUGCAUCUACGUCGUCAUCUCUGAACGCCGCGGACACUAUCGAUUCGGACAUGACAAAGCGCAUCCAAGCCAUGCGGGAGAAAGCGCGGACGAAGCAGGUGGUGUUUGGCGGUGCGGGUGCGGGUGCGGGUGCGGGUGCGGAGCGUGAUGAGGUCGAGCGUGGGCUGAGGUAUUGGGGUGUUGGUGGUAGUAGUAGUCUUGCUGGUAGCGGUGUUGGUGUUCGGGACAGGGACAGGGACAGGGAUAGGGAUAGGGAGAGAGAUAGAGAUAGGGACAGGGAGAGGGAGCGAGAGAGGGAUAGGGAGAAGGACAGGGACAGGGACAGGGGGUACGCUGGUAGAGGCGGUGGCGGCGGUGGUGGGAGAAGGGGCGGUGGGCCGCCUGCUGGUGGAGAUCGGUGGCGUCCACGCGUUGCAGGAUUGCAGGAUUGCAGAUUUAUUCCAAGUAUAAAAGGCGAGUCGCGAGUCCGCUAUAAAGUCAUAAGUCCCAUUCCCAAAUAUACCAAAUACGAAGAAAUGGUCCCGGAUGCAUAG